AUGAUUGGAAAACCUGAAGAUCAAAUUAGAUUGAUAUUGUGUUUGUUGAUUGCUUAUCCAUUAGGAUGGAUUAUGAAUCUUGCACUUCGUGGCAAAACUGCGAGGCAUACCUUCGCAACAGUGACAGGGAUCAUCUUGCAAGCCUAUAUGUUUAGAGAUGAGAUCCUCCAUACAUUCUUUAUGUCUCUGAUAACUUAUUUACUUAUGAAUGUUUUCCCAAGAUAAACUCAGCAUAAAGUAGUAUUCGCUUUUACGUUAGCUUAUCUAAGUGCAUCUCACAUUUAUCGUAUGUAUGUGAAUUUUGGAGGAUGGGAUCUUGAUAUUACUACUUACACAAUGAUUUUGACAGCUAAGCUAUCCGCUCUAUCGUUCUGUUACAAAGAUGGUGGUUUGAAAGACUAGGAAUUGAUUCCAGAUUAAAUAGAAAGAAAGGUUAUAAGCAUGCCUACUCCAUUUGAGUAUUUAAGCUAUGUAUUUUUCUGCGGUGGUUGUAUUGUUGGCCCAUUCUUUGAGUACUCCGACUAUAUUAACUUUAUUGAACAGAAAGGGAUAUAUCAAAAGGUGCCAAAUUCUAUUUUAUAAAGUUUGAUAAGACUCGGACAAGGAUUUUUAUGUCUGCUAUUCAACUUGAUUGUUGGCUAAUACUUCUGGGUGCAAUACUGUGGCUCAGAAGAAUUUACUACAUAUAGUUUCCCUUAUAAGGUGAUGUAUUAUUUCAUAGCGAUGACAUCAUAAAGAUUCCAAUACUACACAGCUUGGUGUAUUACCGAUGGAGCAAUUAUAGGAAGUGGUUUAGCAUAUAAUGGUUCCGAUGAAAAGACAGGUGAACAAAAAUUUGAUAGAAUCUAUAGUAUUGAUAUCUCUGAGGUAGAGUUCGGAUUUUCACCAAACAGGAUGAUUUAAAGCUGGAAUCACAUGAUUCACAUCUGGUUGAAGCAUUACGUUUACAACAGAACUCUAGUUACCGGUUAAAAACCAGGUCUUUUCAACAGCAUGGCUGUAUUCAUUGUAUCUGCAUUCUGGCAUGGUUUCUAUCCAUUCUACUAUGUCAUGUUUUUCUUUUGUGCUAUAUUCUCCGAAUUAGCCAAAGAUGUUUACAGAAGCAGAAUCUUUUUCAAGGUCAUCCCAGAACCAUUCUAUUCACUCUUAGCAAACUUCUCAACUUUACUUACUCUAAACUAUCUUGGUACCAGCUUUGGUCUCCUAACUUUCGAAAGAGGUUAUAGAUUCUCAAGAGCAAUGUAUCACUAUGUUUUUAUCUACAUUGUUCUGCUUUUUAUGGUAUUUAGAUUUGGAGGAAUUCCGAGAAAAGCAGCAAAGUUAGAAGCAAAACUAAAGGAAAAAAAAGAAGCUAAAAAAGAAUAGUGA